UGACUUUCUUCCAGCUUCUAGAGCGACAGACCGUUUCUUCUCCAUCGCCAUUUCAACCUUCCCGCUGACCAAACACUCCCGAAACCACCUUCUCCCACUUCCUCUGCUCCGGCGCUAAUACACUAUCACAAUGGCCACUCUGGUGAGGAACAUCAAGGCUCUGACGCCCCUCCUCGACCGUGUCCUCGUGCAGCGCGUGAAGGCUGAGACAAAGACUGCUGGUGGCAUCUUCCUUCCUGAGACGGCAGUGAAAGAGCUCAACGAGGCUAAGGUGUUGGCUGUGGGACCUGGUGCUUUUGACAAGGACGGCAAGCGGUUACCAAUGGGCGUGAAGUCGGGCGACCGUGUCCUUAUUCCACAGUUCGGUGGUAGCCCCAUCAAGGUCGGCGAGGACGAGUACUCGAUCUUCCGGGACCACGACAUCCUUGCCAAGAUCAACGAGUGAACGGCCAGAGAUACCCCAAACGAAAGAAUGAACGUGUACAAACAGCAUAUUCUCGGCGAACGGUGUGUAGCAGUCACGGACAUCAGCUGUUGCAUUCGAGGCUGUUGCCAAAUUGUACUAUCUAAACUGUGUAGUCCAACAUGUCUGAAUACAUCUCUACUCUCUGUUCAAUCGAGACAACAUCAGGAAAGAGUCUGCCGAG